CUACUGCCCAUCUCUUUCAAAUUCUGCGAUGCCAAUCUUCCUCUUCCCCCCUAAAAUUCGUAAUAGCAACAAUGCCAGGCUCCUCUAGGCUGCCCGUCAGUCUCCGGGAGACUUUCAAAGCGAGGAAGGGCUCCGCAAGAGGGCAACUUGUGGCGCUUAAUCUUGAUGUUCUUCGUAAUAUAAUAUUUAUUCUCUUCCUCCUCCGAUGGACGCGUCGACUAUUCUACCAACUCAAAGGUCGCGGCAUCACUGGUUCUAUCGCCGAUGUCUACAGGUACACGCGACGAACCCUAUAUGGCACAUUUUUACGUCUUCCCGGUGUGCGCACAAAGGUGCAAACCCAAGUCGCUGAGUCUAUCAUGAAAUUGGAGAGGAGAUUGGUGCCGACGGGACCGGGUGUUGAACGCACGAUAACGCUCCCUACCGAGGGAUGGUCGGAAGAGCAGGUUAGGAAGGCGCUGAAUGAUCUUGAAGUAAUGGAGCAUACAAGGUGGGAGGAUGGGAAGGUUAGUGGUGCUGUAUAUCAUGGGGGUGAUGAGCUUUUGAAGUUGCAAACGGAAGCCUUUGGGAAGUUUACUGUGUCGAACCCUAUUCAUCCGGACGUGUUCCCUGGUGUCAGGAAGAUGGAGGCUGAAGUAGUCGCUAUGGUUCUUUCCCUCUUCGGAGCUCCAGAGGGAGCUGUUGGCGUCUCCACUAGUGGGGGCACCGAAUCCAUCCUCAUGGCUUGUCUCAGCGCUCGGCAGAAAGCCUUCCACGAACGUGGAGUUACCGAACCCGAAAUGAUUAUUCCAGAAACUGCCCACACCGCGUUCCGUAAAGCUGGGGAAUACUUCAAGAUCAAGAUUCACCUCAUCGACUGCAGAGCCCCGCAGUACAAAGUCCACCUCCCAUCUGUUUCCCGCAUGGUUAACCCCAACACUAUUCUCCUUGUCGGAUCUGCGCCCAAUUUCCCUCAUGGCAUCAUUGACGAUAUCUCCAGCCUCUCUCGAAUCGCACAGAAGAAGAAGCUCCCGCUUCACGUUGAUUGCUGCCUAGGCUCCUUCCUAGUCCCUCUUCUCUCAAAGGCAGGCUUCGAAUCUGAACCAUUCGAUUUCCGCCUAAAGGGUGUGACUAGUAUUAGCUGCGAUACUCACAAAUAUGGAUUCGCGCCCAAGGGCAACAGCACCGUCCUGUACCGCUCCGAUGCUUUCCGCAAAUAUCAAUACUUCAUCUCACCCGACUGGUCUGGCGGCGUCUAUGCUUCCCCCUCUAUCGCUGGGUCUCGACCCGGCGCACUUAUUGCCGGUUGUUGGGCUUCUCUGGUCAAGCAAGGUGAAAGCGGAUACAUCGAUGCGUGCCACAAGAUUGUCGGGGCUAUGAAGAAAAUCGAGGGUGCGAUCCGCGAAAAACCAGAACUAAAUUCUGAUUUGAAAGUCAUUGGUCGUCCACUAGUGUCUGUUGUCGCGUUUUUGUCGAACACCAUUGACAUCUAUGACAUUGCAGACGGGAUGAGCGACAAGGGAUGGCAUCUUAAUGCCUUGCAGAGUCCGCCAGCUAUCCACGUCGCUGUCACAUUGCCGAUCGUGAAGGCUGCCGAUAAGUUGAUCGCGGAUUUAGUCGAGGUUACGGAGGAGGUGCGAGAGCGAGAAAGGAAAACGAUUGCGGGAGGGAAAGUGGCAAAGGGCGCGGUAAAAGGAGACGCAGCGGCCUUGUAUGGCGUUGCUGGGAGCUUGCCCAACAAGACGGUUGUUGUGGAUUUGGCGAAGGGGUUCUUGGACACACUGUACAAAGCGUAGCCGUGUGUAAUCGUAAGAUUGAGUAAUUUAGCAACUUGCUGCGUCAUGAGGGUCCAAUCUCAACCGUGGUGGGGUUCAAGGCAAUACUAAAG